GGGAGCGUGCAGCGCCUAUUCUCACCGUCUUCACUUUUCCACUCCUUCCCUUACCUCCCUUCUCUUCUGAAUUCUCCAUUCUGGGCUCUUGUCUGUGAAGUCUUUCGUCGCUUUCCCCAGCAUUUUUUUUUUUUUAUUUUUUGUUUUUUUUUUUUUUUUUACCGUCUUUCAAUCUCCAGGAGCCAAUGCGAGACUUUGGCUCCGAUUAAGCGACUACCCGAGACUCGGGGUGCACGAGGAGGAUCGACAGAGCGGUGAUGGAGAGCACCCCUUCAAGGGGACUGAACCGAGUACACCUACAAUGCAGGAAUUUGCAAGAAUUCUUAGGGGGCCUGAGCCCUGGGGUAUUGGACCGAUUGUAUGGGCAUCCUGCCACUUGUCUGGCUGUCUUCAGGGAGCUCCCAUCCUUGGCUAAGAACUGGGUGAUGCGGAUGCUCUUUCUGGAGCAGCCUUUGCCACAAGCUGCUGUAGCCCUGUGGGUGAAGAAGGAAUUCAGCAAGGCUCAGGAGGAAAGUACAGGGCUGCUGAGUGGCCUCCGGAUCUGGCACACCCAGCUGCUCCCAGGCGGGCUCCAGGGCCUCAUCCUCAACCCCAUUUUCCGCCAGAACCUCCGCAUUGCCCUUCUGGGUGGGGGGAAGGCCUGGUCUGAUGACACAAGUCAGCUGGGACCAGACAAGCAUGCCAGGGAUGUUCCCUCCCUUGACAAGUACGCUGAAGAGCGAUGGGAGGUGGUCUUGCACUUCAUGGUGGGCUCCCCCAGUGCAGCUGUCAGCCAGGACUUGGCUCAGCUCCUCAGCCAGGCUGGGCUCAUGAAGAGUACUGAACCCGGAGAGCCGCCCUGCAUUACUUCUGCUGGCUUCCAGUUCCUGUUGCUGGACACCCCAGCCCAGCUCUGGUACUUUAUGUUGCAGUAUUUGCAGACAGCCCAGAGCCGGGGCAUGGACCUAGUAGAGAUUCUUUCCUUCCUCUUCCAGCUCAGCUUCUCUACUCUGGGCAAGGACUACUCUGUGGAAGGUAUGAGUGAUUCUCUGUUGAAUUUCCUACAACAUCUGCGUGAGUUCGGGCUUGUUUUCCAGAGGAAGAGGAAAUCUCGGCGUUACUACCCCACACGCCUGGCCAUCAAUCUCUCAUCAGGUGUCUCUGGAGCUGGGGGCACUGUGCAUCAGCCAGGCUUCAUUGUCGUGGAAACCAAUUACCGACUGUAUGCCUACACAGAGUCGGAGCUGCAGAUUGCUCUCAUUGCCCUCUUCUCUGAGAUGCUCUAUCGGUUCCCCAACAUGGUGGUGGCGCAGGUGACCCGGGAGAGUGUGCAGCAGGCAAUCGCCAGUGGCAUCACAGCCCAGCAGAUAAUCCAUUUCCUAAGGACAAGGGCCCAUCCAGUGAUGCUCAAACAGACACCUGUGCUGCCCCCCACCAUCACCGACCAGAUCCGGCUCUGGGAGCUAGAAAGGGACAGACUCCGGUUCACCGAGGGCGUCCUGUAUAACCAGUUCCUGUCACAAGUGGACUUUGAGCUGCUGCUAGCCCACGCGCGGGAGUUGGGCGUGCUCGUGUUCGAGAACUCGGCCAAGAGGCUCAUGGUGGUGACCCCAGCCGGGCACAGCGACGUCAAGCGCUUUUGGAAGCGGCAGAAACACAGCUCCUGAGCGUGCAGGACCUGGACCCGGGCGGACCUCGGCGGGCGGGACCGGGCGGGGCGGGGCUUCAGAACUCAGGUGUUUUUUAUUUACGCGUUGGGACUUCUCUUGUCUAAUAAAGUUGUGACAGUGAGCA